AUGACCCCUACUGCUCAGCAAUAUUUGCAGGCUCACCCAGAGAACGAUAGUAUUUCACCUCUGCCAGAUAACUACCGACAUGGAUUGAUUUCCAUCGCCGUCUUCGCACUCCUAUCUUUCGUCCUCACGUCCGGCCUCUUCCUGUAUCUGGCAUUCAAGCUCUUGAACUGGCACAUACGGAACGUCGCUCGCGCGAACAGCAUCAAGAAUAACGUCCCCGAUCCGCAACCGAUUACCGACUUCACCUACGAAGAUGGAGCAUAUGGACCUGAGGGCGAGUCCUCCAAGGUAGCCCACGAUCGAAGCGUGAAGCGCAUACAGAAAGCCGGAAACAGGCCCCCGAAUCAAUUCUUAAUCCUCAUCUUCAACCUCGUCAUUGCCGACAUGCACCAGGCCGCGGCCUUCCUACUCAGUGUCAUUUGGCUGCGGAAAGGAGGCAUUUUCAUCAACACGCCGACUUGUUUUGUUCAAGGGUUCUUAACCUCCAAUGGAAAUUUAUCUUCCAGUCUCUUCAUGGCCAUCAUCGCUAUUCACACCUAUAUUUCGGUUGUUAGAGACAUUCGGCCGACUCAAAAGGUGUUCUACUCUACUAUUGUUGUCACUUGGGUAUUUGUUUAUGCCCUUGCAAUCAUCCCACUAUUAGCUACGCACAACGGAAGAGAGGUCGGAGGCUUCUUUGUACGAGCUGAUCCCUGGUGUUGGAUCCAUGAUGCAUACGAGAACAUUCAACUUUUGACCCAUAACCUCUUCAUUUUCAUUUCCAUGGUUGUUACAUCUGCGCUUUACAUUUCUAUCUACCUUUCGCUCCGCCGAGAGGCAAAGUCACAAGCACAUGAUUCGGGGCCGAACCGGACCAAUAUCAGGCUCAAACACAAGCCUGCUUUCUUGGUAUACCCAGUCAUUUAUGUCCUGUGCACCCUCCCUCUCGUCCUCGCACGCAUUAUCGACAUGGCUGGGAUACACAUUCCUAUUGAAUAUUACUGCUUCACCGGAGCCAUUAUCGCUAGCAAUGGAUCCUUCGACUGUGUCCUAUUCGGCACGACUCGCCACGCAAUCAUUUUUGGGACCACAGAUGACGUUAAUGUUGAGAAUACGGGGCUCGAUACUUUUGCCUUUAUGCGUACCCCCCCUGGACAGUUCGGCAAUGCGGUCUGGAUUGAAGGAGGCGAGCCUCCCAGGGAGCAGACCGAGAUUGGUGGGUGGUGGCAGCGACUCCAAAAGCGACACAGCUCUUCCAUGACACCACCACCUACAAAGGCGAGACCAAUCAGUCAGCAGUCGCUAAGGAGUACCCCUCAGCCAGAAAUGACGAUUCAAAUGGAUGUGGUUACCACUAUGACAGUAGAGAUUGACGACAGCAAAGCGCAGGACCCGAGGUCCCAUGUUUCUACAAGGAGUGACACGCCGUCCAUUAAUUUUGUAGAGAAACAUAUCAUGGGAGGCGUCUAG